UAGCAGUGGCACGUAUUCUGUGAGAUCACACGUCGUUGCAUGUGCUGUUUCCAGGGAAGCUGACAGUAGUUCUUCAGUCAACCAUAUACCGAGAUUUCUAAUUUAUGGAGCUCGCUUUGGACAGAAGACGAGUUUUUAUUGGAAACUGUUUGGUUAAGAUGUUUAGAAAUAUGAUUGUUUUUCGCGCCAUAUAAUCAUGGUGAGCUCUUGAGGAAUUCUCUCCAUCUUUUGUGAGAUCACGAAUAUAUUUUUUUCUUGUGGGAUCUACCCUCUGCGAUCGGGCGCAUAAAAUCAGUCACAAUGUGGGGAAGAAAAGAAUUCGAGGAUGGUUUUGAUACUUUUAAAACAGGUUCCAGUUCUCCUGGAUGGGUCCCUGGGUGCGAGUCGACAUGGCAGGGUACCCCCUCUGCCCCUGGUAACAGUAACCGUGGGAGACGCCACAGUGCGGCCUCCGACAGCGGUGACACCGGUAUCGGCACAUCCUGCUCCGACAGUGUGGAAGACCAGUCCAGCUCCAGCACCACCCUGUCCUUCCAGCCGCUGCGCUCCCAGGCUGGCAUCCCCACGGCCCACGUCAUGCCCUCGCCGUCCGCCGGCUCCAAGCUCAGCACGGCGCCCUCUCCCGGGGGCGGCUCCUGGUCUUCCUGCCAGCUGCCCUCGCCCCUCGACAGCCCCCUGGACAUGAAGGACCCUCGGCCCGUACGCCGCUGGUCUUCCCUCACCCGCCUCAGCGGCCAGGAGAAGUCCAGCCCCGGGGUCCGGUCGGCGUACCGCUCGGACCCCCACGGCUCCCUGGACAGGGGGCUCCUCUACGGCUACAGGCCGGACCACCUGGAGACCACGGAGCCCUACAUGUCCCAGGGCCUCCACCUGCGCUCCCCGGGGGCCGAGGCCAGGUACAAGUACCCCCUGACGGCUAAGACUGACUGUCACUCGUCCCCGCUCAAACCCAGCACUUUGGACCUGACCUACAGUGCCUUACCGGAGUCCAAGCAGCCUGGCACUGGGCUGACGGUACCUGGCCCGAGGGGCCUGCCGCUGGGCCGCCAGGCAGUCGGAGGCUCCCCCAUCCAGCCGGCGGUGAGGACCCAGAUGUGGCUUAGUGAGCAGAUGGAGUACCGGCCUCCCGGACCUGGGCCAGAGAUGUGUGGAGGCCUGUCGGCCUGGCAACAGGAGCAGCAACAGAGGGAGAGGCUUCGGCAGGAGGCCGAGGUCAACCAGAUGCUGGGCGGAGCCUCGCUUCCAGUGAACACGCUGGUGAAGAUCAAAGAGGGCCUGCUGCGACAGAGAGAGCUGGAGAUUGACAGACAGAAGCAGCAGAUCCUGCAGCUCCAUGCCCGGAUCAGGGAGAAUGAGCUAAGAGCCCAACAGGUCCUCCAGAGCCAGAAGGGGCGCUGUGACGACACCUAUCUACUAAAAGCUAAGGAGUCUCCAUUUGAAAGUCCAGUGACCCAGCUCCAUCCCCAGCUGGAGGUCAUGGAGCGGGUCGGCCCUCUGUGCUGUGACAGUGGGGAGUUGGGCCGUAAGCUGGCUGCUGCGGAGCUGGAGGUCAUUCACCUCAACGAGUUCCUCAAACAGAACACCCAGAAGUACACGGAGGACAUCAAGAAGCUGGAGGAGAAGAUGAAGACGCGAGACCGCUACAUCAGCAGCCUGAAGAAGAAGUGUCAACGGGAGAGUGAGCAGAACCAGGAGAAGCAGCAGAGGAUCGAGACCCUGGAGAAAUACCUGGCUGACCUGCCCUCCCUGGAUGAGGUUCAGACCCAGGCCCAGCAGCUGGAGGAGGUACAGGAGAAGGCACAGGGCCUGCAGGACACAGUGACCCAUCUGGAGAAGAGUCUGGAGGAGAGCCGCGUCGUGCUGCAAGAGAAGGAGGACCUGAUUGAGACCCAACGCAAGAGGGAGAAAGAGCUGAUGGCGGCUGUACAAAGCCUGACGGAGAAGGUGGAGCAGUGUCUGGAGGACGGGGUCCGGCUGCCCAUGCUGGACCUAAAGCAGCUGGAGGCGGAUAACGCACGGCUCCAGCAACAGCAAGCCACCACCAGCAAGCUGAUAGACCAUCAGAAGAACCAGAUCGACAAACUCACCCAUGAGCUGUCGGCUGUGGAGCAGAGGUUGCAGGAGGAGCGACGUCUCUCCCAAGACCUCAAACAACAGCUGCAGGAGAAGGAGGAGGACCUGGCUGCCCUCUCCAACACACUCCACCAGAAUCAAAGGCAGGUGGAAGCGGGCACGGUGGUUGGUCAGGGCUGCGGAGGCCAGGGGCCCGAGGCGGGGCCCCUGCUGAAGGAGAUGUCCCUGUGUCUGCUGGACCUCAAGGCCCUCUGUAGUAUCCUCACCCAGCGGGCCCAGGGCAAGGAGCCUAACCUGGCACUGCUUCUGGGCAUUAAAUCCAUGAGCAUGUCUGGUGAGGAGAACGACAACUCCCUGGUGGAGGACAGCUUGCGGGCCAAGCUGCUGGAGGUCGGCCAGCUGAGGAAGGACAUCGAUGAUCUGCGCACCGUAAUCUCUGACCGCUACGCACAGGACAUGGGCGACAACUGCGUGACGCAAUGACCACGACACCCCUGGGCUGACGGCCCUUUUCUCACGGACCAGCGUAGUCAUGGCGUGUUCACAUCCUUCUCCAGUGGCUCACAGCCAGCGAGGACAGGGACAAUCCUGAUGGGGCGGAAAACAAGGAAGAACAUUGCUUAAAAGGGAAUAAUAAAUUAGGUACGGUUUCAUGGAAGACUGUUUUUCUUUCCUUUUCUUAUUCUGUUCUACGUGGUGGAGGUAUGCCAUCUUCAUCUUUCUGAAUGUAGAACUAAGCUGUGAAUCAAGUUUACAAGGAACGGUCCUUCGUAUUGAUGUUUCAAACGUGGAUUUUGCUUCCUGUGUAAAAUAGUUACUGUUUGAUCAUGUACGUUGCUUUAUGUGCAUAUACUAGUUUAUUUAACCUGGAGACCACCCCCACAGAUGGAAGUGUGUGUACUGUGUUUUUAGCCCCUCCCAUACCACUUCACCAACCAGUAGGAAGCGACUCUCACUGCUGCUCUGUCAAGUGCCUCCCCGUGUGACAGUUUCUCCAAUCAGCUGUCCCCGUCCGAAGUGGUCUGCAACCUGCGGGCCUCUUCUUACACAACUCUCUGCAACGCGUGUUAUCCAAAGACAUCGUCCCCCCCCCCCCCCGAACCCUCUCAGCUGCUGCCCGGUCGCAGGUCGACAUCGAGUAGUGGCCCUGCGUCCGUCACAAACACACUUCUGUUCCAUUUCAGUAUUUACACUACCUCGUGUUUGUUCUGAUUCUGGAAUUGUUUUGUGACGUGGAUCUCCAUAGACUGGUUUUGGAACAGGGAUGUUUAACCUAAAGGAAAUGAUAGCAUGGCAAUAAUACCCCCAUUCAUAUGAUUGGCUUUUUGGUGUUUAACACCCCAAGCAAUUUAUUAAACCAUCAGGUAAUAUUCAGGAAGUGUUUUUUUAGAAAAUAUACAGCCAUUUGGUCAAUAUAAGAGCCAAUUAACCAAGAUUACUGACCACUAUUCAGUACAGAUGAUUAGAGCCAAAUGGAGCCAUAUUGUAACUGUUCAAGUUCUCUGGUUUUACUUUAAUUGCUCUCAUUCCCAGUGAUUGUCAGAGGAAUACUCCUUUUGUUUGAUCUCUGAAUCAAAAGUGAAUUUUAGAGAGGCAAUCAUGACAACCCACACACCACUGUUUGUGAUGAAUGUUACUUUUGAAAAAUGGUGUUACAGAUCUAAGAAAACUCAUUAAUUCUAGGGAAAGUUGAUGAAUUUCAAUAUUAAUUUCCAGACCCACGUCUUUCUUUGCAUGUUUGUGAGAGACGUGUGGUAAUUGUGUGCUAAGAACAUAAUUUGCAUGGUAGGGUGUCCUAUACUACUUCCAUAUUACCAGUGUAAAAACAGACACGUACACUGAGCAAUGUAAGAUAUGGAACACGUUUGUGUCUCAAGGCAACUAAUAUACUAUGCAAAGCCACAUGCACCAGCCAGCACCUCACAUUGCCAUCAGCAGCAUAUAGAAGUUGUUCUUCUGUGCCUUUACAAAUCUAUGCAGCAAAGAUCUGUGUUUCUCCCUAUUGCCAUAGCGACAUGUAACCGUUCUGCAUGUGUGAAUCUGUAUGUAAAUAGGACUGCUUGGAGGUCAUUAGGCAGAUUACAAUGGUACAUUGUGCUAGAAGGCUGGAGGUUGACAAAGAUGCUAAGCCAUAGUCACAAACAAUGCAUAUACAGUAUAUCCACUCAGGAAAAUCAAGACCAUAGCAAGCACUUGUGAAACCUGAAGAAUGUAUUCAGAUGCCCAGAACUGAAUGGUGAGGCUGUGUAUAGCAUCCAUUUGGAGUGUAGACUCCUCUGAAAGGGAACAGCCUGGCUGUCAUGGCUGCCUCUCUGCACUAUGGACUAGGAGCCACUGGUUGGCUUUACUGGAUUUAGGAAUAUUUCUGGUUAUGUUGUUAAUAUUUCUGAUAAUCUGUUAAGCUUUUAGUUUUGCAGCUAGAUUUUAUGAAUGCCAAAGUUCUAUUUAUAUACCAUGAACCUAAAAGUAUUAAGUAUUUUUAAAUUUUUUAAAAGGCGGUGAUUUAUGUUUGUACAGACUGCAAAUAAAAUAUUUUUCUAUAAACACUGGUGUCUUCCCUUGGCCACAUGGGGCUUAAUUUGAUAAAUGCAGAGGUAAUUUACUGGUCAGCCUACAUAAAGAUUAGUGAAAGCAGUCUCAGCAACAUCCCUUAAAAUUGCACUGCAUUUCAACAAUACAGGACAGUUAUAACCUCUAAUGAGAACCCAUUACUCAGAAAAAGCAGGACCACAGUUCUAGUCAAUGAGUUGUUUUAUUGGUUAUAUGGUCACCCUGCAGUAUCAAAUGACUGGUAUUCAGCCAUUUGAGAUCUACUAGCUCCACUUAAUGGCAGACCCAAUCAAGUCAGCAGUUUGGCCUUCAGAUGGGUGAACCAGUCACCCCUCGUCCAAUGGAGGAUGUAUACAUUGACAAAUAUCUAGGUUCCUACUUAGUACAUGAAUCAAGAAAUAGCCUACACUUCAUAGAAGCUUGUAUAAGAGCAGGAAAAAAAAAA